UUCUUUUUGGGUGCCAUUUCUAGAGACAUUGGUUCUCCAACCUUUCUGGAGGGAUACAAAAUCUUCCCUUAAGGCAAAUAAGCAUUCCAAAAGAUUUGGGCUACCUGACCAUUAUGUCACCAAGAAACCUCUGGUAUUUGAGAAGUAACUUUCCCUUUGGCUCAAGGUGUUGGAUGAUCCAAUUUUCAGCAAAAAUCUUCUUCAAUUCAGUUUCAUUUAGACUCUUUGGUACAAAGUGUGCAGGCAAUGAACCUGUGGAGAAUGAGGACCUAUUGAACAACUUACUUACCAUGGGAGUAGAUAUUGACAUGGCAAAGAAACGACAGCCUGGGGUUUUUAAUAGGAUGUUUACUAAUGAGCAGGACUUGAAGAUGUUUCUUCUUUCCAAAGGAGCUAGCAAAGAAGUGAUUGCCAGCAUCAUAUCAAGAUAUCCACGAGCUAUAACUCGUACUUCCGAAAGUCUUUCAAAACGUUGGGAUCUGUGGAGAAGGAUUAUGACAUCAGACCUUGAAAUUGUAAAUAUUGUAGACCGUUCUCCUGAAUCCUUUUUUCGGUCCAAUAACAACCUAAACUUAGAGAAUAAUAUAAAGUUCCUUUACUCAGUUGGAUUGACCCGUAAGUGCCUUUGUCGAUUGUUGACCAGUGCUCCUCGUACCUUCUCUAAUAGUCUUGAUCUGAAUAAACAGAUGAUUCAGUUUUUGCAGGAAAUCUGUUUGACAUUGGGUCACAAUGAUCCUUCAGAUUUUGUCAGGAAGAUAAUUUUUAAAAACCCUUUCAUCUUAAUUCAGAGCACCAAGCGGGUAAAAGCUAACAUUGAAUUUUUACAGUCAACUUUCAACUUGAACAGUGGGGAACUGCUGGUUCUUAUAUGUGGUCCAGGAGCUGAGAUCCUAGACCUUUCCAAUGACUAUGCUAAAAGAAACUACACAAAUAUCAAGGAGAAGCUGGUUUCUCUUGGAUGUACUGAAGAAGCAGUACAGAAGUUUGUCUUAAGCUAUCCAGAUAUGAUCUUCUUGACAGAGAAAAAGUUUAAUGAUAAAAUAGACUGCCUCAUAGAAGAAAAAAUUAGCAUUUCACAAAUAAUGGAAAAUCCUCGGGUUCUGGAUUCAAGCAUAAAUACUUUAAAAAGUCGAAUCAACGAAUUGGUAAAUGCUGGCUAUAACUUGAGUACAUCAAAAAUCACUCUUCUAUCUUGGAGUAAAAAAAGAUUUAAAGCUAAAUUGAAAAAAUUAAAUGGAUAA